UGACGCAGGCUUCAGCAGCAGAGCGUUUCUGUGUUGUUUUUCCGUCGCUUGCCUUUUGUUCCUCGGAGAUUUUGAUUGUCUGAGAAGAUCGGGGAUAUCGAGUGUUUCGUCUUUCUGUCCGACAUUCAUUUUAUCUGCGUGGAGUAUUCGCCGGAAACAAAGGCUACCGACUCUCAUACCCUGUCACUACCGAUCCUGACUUUGUUCGAGUCUCCGAAAAUUUCUGUCACAAUGGCCGACGCUCCUGAAAGCCCCGUCCCCCAGCAACAAACCCCCCAGAAGAACUUCUAUCAGAAUGGAGUCAGAACCACCGGCCGUGCUUUCCACUCCCCCAACUGGCGCUUGAAGGGCGAAGAGAGCCCGAGUGCGCAGAGCGCCGGCUCCCCGGGCCCCAAGACCAGCACCUCGAGACUUGCUUUCAGCAGACCCAGCGCACACGUGCCGCAGGCUAUCUCUGAGGGCCGCCGUCUUUACGUGGGUAACAUGCCCUACACGGCCAAGUCGGAGGAUGUGCAAGCACUCUUUACCGCUGCCGAGUUCCAAAUCGAGCGGAUCGAUAUCGCCAUUGACCCCUUCACGGGCCGCAACCCCUCAUACUGCUUUGUUGACCUCGAGACGAAGGAGCUGGCCGAGAGGGCCAUGGUUGAGUUGGAUGGCCGGGACAUGCUUGGCCGUCCAGUCAAGAUCAAGCCGGGUGUUGUGAAGUCCGCCAGUGAGCGGUCCCAGCAGCAGCAGCAGCAGCAGCAGCAGCAACAGCAACAGCAACAGCAACCACGCGUGGAUGGCUCCCCCCGUGAGGUGAGAAGCUCGCCUUUCAGCGCUGACCGGUGGCGCCGUGGCAAUGAUGAAACUCCCUCUUCCCCCGCCAGAGCCGUCAACAACGAUGCCAGCCGCCGUCUCUACGUUGGCGGUCUUCCCAAGUUGACCGAUCAGGACGCUCUCAACAUCAACAUCCGCAACUUCUUCAAGGGAUACAAUGUUGAGAACGUCAGCAAGCAGUUCGCACCUCACCCCGCUAAGCGGUUCGAGCCCGGUGACCACUACUACCUCUUUGUCGAUUUCGACAGCGUCGAGGAGGCCGAGAACGCCAUGGGCGCUCUGCACCGCCAGGAGGGUCCCUGGGGCUCCAUGCUGCGGGUCCAGAGAGCUCGCGGAGAGACCAACACCCAGGAGAGACGUCCCAAGUGGCCGUCUAGCCGGGACGAUGUAGCAGCCCUUGACGACGCCAAUGCUGUUGCUGAGGUUGCGGUCGGCGUAUAGCUGGGAAAGCUAUACGGCUGAUCCGGUCAACCCUUCUCACGACACGAAAAAAAAGUUCCUGCAUACCCUCUCAAAGCCAAAAGUACAUGCUUGACGUUUGUUACGAC